ACCCACACACUCUCUUCACAAGCAUUCACUCACUACCCUAAAAAAGAUAUAGCAAAAGAAUAAACAUAACAUGGCAGUGGUUAAGAUUCCUUCCCUGGUGGUGUUGUACUGUAUGGUAGCGGUUGUGGUACUGGUGGUUUCAGUACCCAAUGCGGCUGCUCAGGCGGAUUCGUUAACAUGUGGGAAGGUGCAGGGAAGCCUGUUAUCGUGCCUGGGGUACCUGAGGAGGGGUGGGCCGGUGUCGGCGCCGUGCUGUAACGGCGUUCGGUCUCUGAAUGGGUUGGCUAGGACCACGCCAGAUCGGCAAAUAGCGUGCAGGUGCUUACAGAAAGCUGCUGUUUCCUUUAGUGGGAUUAAUCCUGCCUUUGCUCAAAGCCUUCCUUCCAAAUGUAAUGUCUACAUUCCUUACAAGAUCAGCCCCUCCACUGACUGCUCCAGGGUGAAGUAAGGAAGAUGAAGGAUAGAAGAGUAGCUUUCCGCAAGCAGUACUACUGUAUCAAUGCAAGAAUAAGAGUCUGUUGGUUUGUUUUUCAUGUCUUUGCUUCGUACUGUUCUGGUCUUUGUAGUUAAGUUGUAUGUCACUUUUGAGUCUUGGUUGAAUGUACUAAUAAAUCCUUAUUAAGGGGAGAAAUCUAUAUAUGCUCCUUUACUACGAA